AUUGGCUGGCCGACCUGCGGGCGCACCGGCGCGCCGUGCGGGGGGCUGCCGCGGCGUCGCGCGGGGGCGGCGGAAUGUCGGGGCCGAACGGGGAGCCGCACGUGCCGGUGGGUGGCGCCGGCGGCAACGGCGACGAGGAGGAGGAGGAGGAGGAGGACGGGGACAGCUUCGGGGAGGAAGAAUAUGCAGCAAUAAACUCCAUGAUGGACCAGAUCAACUCCUGCCUGGAUCACCUGGAGGAGAAGAAUGAUUAUCUACAUGCCUGCUUGAAAGAACUGCUGGAGUCCAACCGCCAGACUCGCCUGGAGUUCCAGCAGCAGAGUGAGCAGCAGAACAUGGAAGCUGAUGUGCAGGGAUCACAGCCUCCUGUCUAGCAUGCUGGCCACAAACUCCCUGUUGGUAUUGCUAAGGGGACAUUUACUGGUCACCAAUUUAAUGUAGAACUUGAAUAGAAGAGGUACCUCGUGCCUGUUACCUGUUC